GCGUCUUUCAAUCGAUCCUCAUCUCCUCUCUCACUCUCUCUCUCUCACCUCAGCUUUCAAUGGCGAGCGCAUUGUGCUGCUCCGCCUCAAAUUCCCUUGGUGCCCCUAACAAAUCAUCAAAUUCCUUCGCUGUCAAGAAGGCAAGCACUAACCAGGGUACGAAGUCCAUUAUCAGAGGGAACGGUGGAAAUGUGAGCAUUGAGAACUCGCUGUGCAGUAAUUCUUUGUAUGGGAAGAUCUUAACUGGUAAAAAGACUACGUACAGAAAUGGAAAUCUUUCUACAAUUACUUCAAUGUUUGGGGCUGGAAGAAAGGCCACAAAAAGAGAAGUUAUAGUCCCUGAACCAGACUACAGAAUUCCAGUUGUUUUACUUGGCAUAGCUGGUGGAUUUGCAUCCCAAGACAAUCUAUUGCCAGCUGCUACCAUUGGUCUUCUUGGAUUGCUUCUACUAUUUCAGACAACUAGAGUGAGGUUCGUUUUCGAUGAAGAAGCCCUGGAGGUAAAAGUUGGGGGUAAACUUCAGGAAUCUGGUGAAAAUGUUUUCGUGGGUGGCAAGAAUCGGUGGAAGUAUUCUAGUUUUGUUAACUGGGAGCUUUGGUGGCCAAAUUUUCCAAUUUUAGUGUACUUCAAGGAGACACAAACAAAGCCAGAAGGGCAAGUUCACUUCUUUCCAGUAAUAUUUAACGGGAAGCAACUAUAUGAUGUGAUGGUCGAGAGAGCAGGCCCAUCAAAGACAAGUGCACCCAAAUAGUAACGAAAGCUUAAUCCUGAGCUGUUACUCUGUCAGCAGAUCUUUCCGCUGUCCAUACUUGUAACUACUUAUGUUCCUUGCAUAUGUAUGUAACGGAAAGGUGAUCGGUAGAAUGUUUGCCUUUUAUAUUAACGUCUGUAUGUAUGGAUUCAGAUCCUCGCCAAUUAAACGGUAAUGGGAGAGGGUCCGAUUCUUUCAAUCCUUAAUAUCUAUCUUAAUCUCAAUGGAUGAGAUCAUGCCACCUAAAAUUUUCACCAUCACAAAUAGUGAUUUUGACUAUAGUGGUUUUCGAACUUUCUAGUGGUCUUCAAGGCCACAGUGUUUUCUAAGAUAAAAAUAAAGUUUAAUGUGACAUGAUCUCACUCGCUGGAAGUGAUAUAAAUAGUGAGAACUUAGAGAAUUGGAUCAUCUCCUAUUACCACCUAAUUGGAGAGGAUCCCGAUCUUGCGUGUAUAUGAUGACUUAUAUUGACGUAAUGUAAUGUAACAUAACUUUGUAUGGCUAUCAUUUAGUUUUCUCCUGUGUUCAGAAUAUUUGAGGUAAGCAAUUGAGAAAUGCUUUCAUA